AUGAUCACUAUAGCAGCUAAUGGUUACGGUAUCAAUGAAAAUGAAAAUAUUGAAUUGACACAUUUUCUUUCUUAUGUGAUCGGUUAUUUUGUAUUACAAGUCGUUUGUAUAAUUACCACAUUUAUCAAUGUUCAACAACCACAGGCUGUUCCACCAACACUUCCCAGUAUGAAUGUAAUGGGCCAAGUGGUUACUAAAUCAAAACGUACUACAGCCUUACAAUCAAUUACAAAUGAAAAACCUCAACAACCUAUAUUACCAGUUCGUAUACUCGAACUUGAAGCUACGAUAGAAAAUCGUCCAACUAUAAUAGAUGAAAAAAGUCCAGCUGUUUUAAAAUAUCGUACACCACACUUUCGAGCAACAGCUACUUUAAAAUUUCCUCCAUUAGACGAAGGUGAACAUUGGAAAAUCGGUUGGAUACAAUCAUGUACACGUAUGGAUUUCUAUAAUUCCUAUGGUGAUUCUGGUUAUUCAAGUUGGGAAUUUCCUCAAUUAAUGUCCGGUCAAAGUCCAAUGAUAUCAGAUUCAGAUGGACGUAAUUAUCCAUUUUAUGGUUCUAAAUCUGAAGUUAUUGAACUUCAAGGACCUUUUUCUGAUUAUCGUACGAUAAAAGUUCUAAUGAAUGAUAAUUUUUAUCCACAUAUAACAUGGGAUAUACCAACAAGUAACGAACGUUUAUCACGUUUAACAAAUGUCAAACGUCAUCAACGUUUUUAUACAUGGCUUGUUGCAAUGAAUGCUAAUAACGGUUCAAUACUUGUACUUAAAACAAUUAAUUGGCAAAUGGAUCUUGAAAUAAAUGUUGAUCCAACUAAACCACAAGGUUCACGUGCAAUACUUAUUUCUAAUCCAAUACCAAUUCAACCGGAAAUUCUUAAACAAAAUAUUCGUAUACCGACAUGUGUACUUUACCCUCCAAAUGCAAAUAGUGCACAAAUACUUGUUUGGCAUCCUGGUUGUCGUCUUGGUGAAAUAAGUCAACGACCUGAAAUAGUUGUACCACCACGAUGUGAAUAUGUUUUACACCAAAAUCCAUUCUAUGAUCAUUAUAUACGACAUAAAACUCAUACAUCUGUUCAAAAUAAACUUAAUGGUGGUAGUUCAUCAUCUUCAUCUGAGAAUAAAAUAAACAUUACACAAUCGUCUAUAACGGAAUCGUAUUGUCGUCUAAUAUAUCCUCAACCAGCACAUUCUAAACCGCCAUCAAUACCAGGAAAUCGUUGUUAUAAUGGUGUAAAACAUAUACUAGAAGAUCAUGCUAGACUUGCUCAAGGUGUUAUCGUUCGAUAA